AGCAGCAUGGUGAGAACCGGCUGCAACGGCCUUACAUGCUAUUUAAAGAAAAGCCGGCGGCCGUGAGUUCUGCGGCGCCCACAGAGGAGACGGACGGCCGGCCUCUUCCCCCGGGGUGGAGGAGCUACACGUCACCCGAGGGAGUCCGCUACUACGUCAACGGCUGCAGCAAAGAAACAACAUGGCGGCGUCCCUCCUCGCCGGCCGAGGCCCCGCAGAGACCGCUGGCACGACCGAGCGCCUCUCCAUAUGCCAACCCCGGCGGGCCGAGGGUUGGUCCGCCCGGCGACGUGGCCCUGAGGAGCCGACAGGUGAGCCCCGAGGACCUCGCGCCGGGUCAUAGACCUUCAAAAUAAAUGUCAAAUACAUUUAAAAAACAAACAAAAAAGAAAAUCACAACUGGGUUUGAAAUGGGAAAAUGUCAAUGUCUGAUUAUCAGUUGAGUCAUCCAUCCUCCUCCUCCUCCUCCUCCUCCUCGUUACAAUCACGUCUCGAUGAAGCCGUUUCCCCGAAAGCUAUAAUCACGAUUUUGAAGAUCGACCGCAACUUUUUAUGAACUAUUUUAAGCUUCUCUAAUCUUUAGGAAUCUCUCUUGUUUAAAAAAAAUAGUUAUAAUUUGAUAUCUUUUGAUUGAUGUGAUUUUAAAUGUCAUUUGAAGACUUCACCUUUGAGUCUGAGAACUUCCAAAUAGAUUUUUCCCAAAUUCGUCCACAUUGAAGCUUGCUCUCUCUCUCUCUCUCUCUCUCUCUCUCUCUCUCUCUCUCUCUCUCUCUCUCUCUCUCUCUCUCUCUCUCUCUCUCUCUCUCUCUCUCUCUCUCUCUCUCUCUCUCUCUCUCUCAGCGUGAGAGGACGUGUGGUUGUGGAGCAGGGGAGAGUUGUUUGGUUUAAAGGUGGUUUUUCCACGCUAAAGAGUGACUGGGUUAACAGGUAUGUUUGCUGUGAGUGUGUGUGGGUUCACCCGACUGUCUGUGUGAGUUCACGGAGGGUUUUGUUUUUGUGUGUCUGUGUGCGCGUUAGCGGCGUGCGGCUAGCGGGGAGCUAACCGGCGGGCUAGCGGGGAGCUAGCGGGGAGCUAGUCAUGGAGGACAUGAGCUUCCUCACGCGCGCUCACGGGAUUAGAGUGGCGCCGAGUUUCCCGUGCUCGGAGGAGGAGGUGGGGCUGGCAGUGGGCGACGUGGUCGGCGACGACUGCGUGAGGUCCGCUGCCCGUAUGAACGGAGCGGUGGUUCUGUUCCUAGACAGCGUGUCGAAGGUGAACGAGGUGGUGGUGUCGGGGGUGGUGAUCAGGGGCAUCAUGUGCCGGUGGCGCCGCUGGCCACACCGUCGGUUCGGGUCACCGUGGCCAACGUGCCUCCUUUUAUAAAAGAGGAGGUGAUCUUGAAGGAGCUGGUGAAGCACGGGAAGGUGGUGUCCCGGCUGAAGAAGAUCCCCUCAGGGUGGAAGUCCUCCCGGAUGAAACACGUGUGGUCCCACCGGAGGCAUCUCUCUAUGAUCCUAAAUAAAAGGGGAGAAGAUCUCUGCUUCCGGGUGUUUAUCAGGGUGGAGAGCUCUGCUUCCGGGUGUUUAUCAGGGUGGCCGGGCACGAGUACCCAAUAUACAUCUCCUCAGGGAACGGGAGGUGCUUCAUCUGUGGGCGAGAGGGGCACAUAGCCAGAGACUGCCACCGGUGGA